CAUCUGAAACGAAAGCCAUCGGUAGUGCUCGGUUUUCACACGCUUCGAUCGCUUGUUUGUUUUGUGGUAUAAUACAUUAGCCCCCGCCCACCAGCGACCACCCGCCCGCUCAUCGCCCCCCGUAUCGCGAACAAAGAGUGGAAAAUUUCCGUGUCAGCUGAAAAGACCCUUUGGCAGCCAGCAACUAUAUAGCUACUGGGCCCCGUGUCUCUGCGGCCCCACGUAAACACCCGGAUCCGUUGUAUCCCCCACCUGGAUGGGUGUGAGGCGUAGUAUGCCAGUGAACUGUGCCAACAAGGACUGUCUGGGUCUCCGCAAGCGUGUCUGUGGUCUGCACCAAACCUGGAAGUGGCUGCAUCAGACGCCCGCCCUGCACGAAUACCUAAUCUCCGCCAGCUCCGUGGCUGCAAACACAUCCCGAACCAGCCGCACCGCCACAGUCUAAAGUCCAGAGCGACCAAAGCCAUUUAAAACCAAAACGAAUACAUAGCCCCUAGAUAGUAGCCCGAAAAAAGAAGAAAACAACAA